UGCCCCACCCACGAGUUUUCACCACGCUAUCCUUCUCGCUCUCUCCCCAUUCUCAAGUAACCAAGCGUCUAUAACUCUCUCGCCGCCGCAUCUGCUUCUUCUCCAAGACAUCUUCGUUCCGUCUUCCCACCGCUUUGAUCGCGUCCUCAUCCCUCAACGUCAGAUUUCUUCGACCUCAUUCUCGACUCUGAUCAGCGCGGGAUAAAAUCCUAGACGGGCGCGUGAGAGAUGGCGAGGCCCUCGCGCGAAGCGAUCGAUACCUUCAUCAGCAUAACCGGCGCCACCGAGGCCAUCGCGUUGCAGAAGCUCGAGGAACAUGAUGGGGAUCUGAACAGUGCUAUUAACGCGCAUUUUGGUGAAAUAGACAGAGUUGUCACAAAUCAAGUGGUCUCUCGUAAUGAAGAUUUUGUGAACAUAGAUGAUCCUCGUGAGAGUGAGCAUCCAAGGUCCUCUCUUCCGUUGUUUCCAUCUCGAGAUAUGAACCGAUUCUCUCUUCUUGAUCCAACCUUUGGCCACUUUCCUAGCCUUUUUGAUGGAAGAGGUGUUUCUGGUUUCCCUACACAUGGUCCGCUGGUUUCACAUCCAAGGGAAGUGAGGGAAUUGCCCAUUGAGUUCAAGGAUGAUGCUAGAGAAGCUGGAGCUUCUGGUGUGGGACCUACGAAUAAAGACGUGACUAGAAAUGAAACUGCACAUUGUCAGGAGACUCGUGGCAUUGUUAUUAUUAAUGAUGAAGAUCUGGACAUGGACCAUGCUGAUCAUGGUACUAAUGCUUCAGGGCGUACCUCUUUUGACAAUCAUAUUGGACCAACCAUUUCUCCAGUGGUUGAUAUGGACUAUAACAAUGAUAUAGAAGAAGAAAUGAUCAGAGCUGCUAUUGAAGCCUCCAAGCGAGAAGCUGAACGACAUGGCUUGCAAGGUCACCCUAAGUCACCUGCACAAGAUGAUACUGAUCUUGCACGAGCAGUUUCAUUGUCUUUGGAGACAGUAGAGGAAGAAAGAGCAUUUUGUGAACAGGAUGGGGAGAAUCCAUCUUUUAUGGAAAUAGACAAUGCUGGAUCUGCUGAAGCAUUUGAUACAAGGCAUGGGUCUGGUUCAGCUGAAAGUGGAACUUCAAGUCAAUUGAAAUUAGAAAGAAAAAGUACAUUAGUCUUGGAAGAAGCUGAGGAUGUGGAGGAGCAACCUUUAGUGAGACACCGUUCCAGACAAAUUGCCCCUGUUAUUGCAGAACGUACAGACUCUGGAAGUCCAAGCCAUAGUGCUUUGGAUCCUCCAUGGCUUGAUGUAGAUCGCCCUCAGCUUAACGGCCAUGCUUUUGAGAGAGAUGAGUGGGGUGGAAUUUCUUCUCAAGAGCAUGAUGAAGCUCUCAUGCUGGAGGCUGCAAUGUUUGGGGGUAUUCCUGAUGAAAGAAGGUUUCAGUUUGGAUACCCGACUCGUCAAAUGCCUCGUCCUCCUUCCCCUACACUUAUGGCACAACGCUUGUUAAGAGAGCAACAGGAUGAUGAGUAUCUUGCAUCACUUCAAGCAGAUAGAGAAAAAGAAUUGAAAGCUCAGCAGGAGGCUGAGCUCCGUAGUUUAGAAGAGGCUAAUGCCAGGGAAGCUGCUCUUCAAAAGAAGAGACAUGAAGAGGCAGAAACUCAUAGGAAGCAAAUUGAAGAAGAGGAACUUGAGAGGAAGCUUGCUGCUAAAGAAUCAUCUUUGCCACAAGAGCCUUCUUCAGAUGACACAAAUGCCGUGACACUUCUUGUGCGUAUGCCUGAUGGCAGUCGGCGAGGGCGCCGUUUUUUUAAAUCUGACAAGCUUCAGUUCCUUUAUGAUUACAUUGAUAUUGGGAAGGUGGUCAAGCCUGGCUCCUACAGAUUGGUAAGGCCAUACCCCCGUCGCGCCUUCAUGGAGGGAGAGAGUGGACUUUCUUUAAGCGAACUGGGUCUGACCAGCAAGCAAGAAGCAUUGUUUCUAGAGCUGAUCUAAAGAGUGCUCGGAGUAUAACUUCAACAGUCGGCUACAAAGAGAUCUUAUUAAAAUAUAGCCGCUCCUUGUUAAUACUUUACACCCGUUUCCUUUGUCGCAAAUGUUCUUUCCCAAUAAUCCCUUGUUUAUGUUUGCCCGAUACAGCUUGUGUGAAUGUUCUUUCUGAAUGAUUUCUCUGCUUUCUGCUUUUAAAUUAAAAUCAAAUUGUGUAUAUAGCACAAACAACACAGAACCCUGUUAUGAAGAAGAAAGGAACAAUAACAAGAACUAAUAUGUUCAUUGCUUGUA